AUGUCUUUUCUAUAUAGGCAAGAAAUUAAAUCACUACAGGAAGGAAUGCCAAAUACGUUUGUAAUCGGCAUAAUUAUAAAUAAUACAAAUGUAAAAACGUUUACCGCCACUCAAACAAAAUUUAACAGAGGUGAACGUAGCGUGUGGACAUUCACUUUACGAGAUACUGAAGAAGACUUUAUUAAUGUUACAGUAUGGGGAAGUAUGGAAUUUGUAAAACAAGUAUCGUCCGCAUUUAAUAUCGGAUCUGUAGUGGAAGUGAUAAGCGCGAAAAUUAUGAAACGCCAGCCUAAUGAUAAAAAUGAGCAAUUUGUACCAUCGACUUCUAGUCCUUUCACUCUGAUUGUGAAUGAGGGUGCAGCUCUCAUACAUAAUCACGAUGCGCCUACUCGUGAACAAUACAAAAAUUUGCUAAUGCGACCUGUCAAAAGCGUGAACUCCGCAAAAAGCUUGAGAGACAUUUUGGAUAAUAUCGAGGCUUUAUGUGAUCGCUCAGUUGACCUUCUCGUCGUUGUCACAUUUAUCGGCGAUACGCGUAAUAUAAUGACUCGGAAUGGACUAGCUUUAAUAUGUCGCAGUUUCGAGGUCGCAGAUGGAUCGACGGAUAAUACGGUACCAUUGAUAUUAUGGGACAAGAAUUGGGUGGAGAGAUCCGCCUUUUGGGAACCGAAACGGACAAUAUUGUUCUUAGUUGAUGUUCGUAUCGCAUACGAUGAAUAUAAAAAGAAAACGGCGUUAAGUAUUUCAAGAAGAACGCUAAUUACGGAAUGCCCGGACGUACCUCAAGCCGCAAGCAUUAUAAGUGCGAUACAGCAUUAUGAUCCUGAUUCUAUAUGCAGCGAUUCAUUCACUAUACCAAAUCCAAACACUAUUACGACUGUAAUGACAAUACAACAAAUCACGGAGAAGUUACGGAAAAAAGCGAAUACGGAAGGUGAGAGAUUGCAAUUUGCGACAAUUGUAAAAGCUUCGGUGACUGAAAUGAAUUUGGAUGGUUCACUUAAAGAUGUGAUAUCUGUAAAAUGCGCUUUAUGUAAAAAGAUUGUCCCGGAUAUGAAAGAUCCUUGUAUGAACUUGAAUUGCCCAUCAGGCAACGGAAUCCGGACGCCACUAAACAUUGUAAAAUUUAAUAUAAAAAUCAAUUUGAAGGACGACACUGGAUAUCUCAUUGGAUGCCGUCUGACUGGUGAUACCGCAGAGCGAGUCAUGGGAUGCACAACUGAUGAAUUUCAGGCAAUGACGGUAGAAAAGCGCGCCAAAUUGAAAUGGUUAUAUUUGUUAGAAGAAUGCAACGUUCGCCUGCACAUUCUCGGGCCGACAUCUGCCUUCCCGUAUGUUUUAUAUAAUAUUUUAUCCAUUCAACAUUGUCUCGACGAGACAUAUGCAGUCGAAUAA